AGCGGUAACCCCGAGCUACACUCAAGGCUUACCAUGCGGCGCUGCAUAGGGAGUCCCUGCAGCACUUACCUUGUCCUUCGCUCCCGCGAUGUGUCCCCUGCAGCGUCCCGGCCAUCUCCUCCGGCUGAUGCUGGCAUCAGGCUCCUGUGUUCCGGUCCCUGUGACGUCGGACGUACGGGCGCCGGCGGGAAAUUUGAAAAUUUAAAAAAAAUGUCAUUUUUUUUUUUUUCAAAACGAUUUUACAUAUGCUCUGUCCUGUGCCCUGUCUGCAUUUUGACUGUUCUUUCU